AUGCCUACUGCUGCACUUAUCGGUGAAAUGAUAAAUGAACCAAAAAGUCUUUUAAUGCAUCAGAAUUGUUUUUCUAGAACCAUUCAUCUGAAUUCACGCUUUCUGUUUCUCAGCUGGCACCCAAAGAAAUGCAAUUCAGUGUUAGCGUCACCUGAUACGAUUUGUCAAGUGGUUUGUUUCCUCUUUCUGGAAUUUCAGACCAUAAUUAUAGAUUUUACAAUAUGUGCAUUCCCAAUUGACCUCGGAUUCCAAUUUCAUCUCAAAUUGAUAUCCAGAAGUAACUAUUGGCAAAAACUUCGAAUCAUCAUAAUUCGCUUAACAGGGACUAAAGCUCGGAUAUUGUGCAACCUUAUUACGGCACAUCUUAGGAAUCACACUGAACACUGCCGCAAACUGAACGUUUUUUGGUUACAGACCUUCACUGUGGUAGCUGUUCUGCAGAUAUCCGGUACAAAAUGUUAUACAUUUUCUAGUGGUAUUCUAUAG